GCGCCGCGCGCGAGAGCCGCACCAGUCGCUGACGAGUCGCCGGUGGAGAGGGUCGGAUCACAGAAGAUUACAGUACAAAAUGCGUGAGAUCGUGCACCUGCAGGCCGGCCAGUGCGGCAACCAGAUCGGAUCCAAGUUCUGGGAGAUCAUCUCUGACGAGCACGGCAUCGACCCGACCGGCACGUACCAUGGCGACUCGGACCUGCAGCUGGAGCGCAUCAACGUCUACUACAACGAGGCCAGCGGCGGCAAAUACGUGCCCCGUGCGGUGCUGGUGGACUUGGAGCCGGGCACCAUGGACUCCGUGAGGUCCGGACCCUUCGGGCAGAUCUUCAGGCCCGACAACUUCGUCUUCGGUCAGUCUGGAGCCGGCAACAACUGGGCCAAGGGCCACUACACAGAGGGCGCCGAGCUGGUCGACAGCGUCCUUGAUGUCGUCCGCAAGGAGGCCGAGAGCUGCGACUGCCUGCAGGGCUUCCAGCUGACACACUCCCUGGGAGGUGGCACCGGCUCAGGCAUGGGCACCCUGCUCAUCUCCAAGAUCCGGGAAGAGUACCCCGACCGGAUCAUGAACACAUACUCCGUCGUGCCCUCCCCCAAGGUUUCAGACACCGUCGUCGAGCCCUACAACGCCACCCUCUCCGUCCAUCAGCUGGUGGAGAACACCGAUGAGACGUACUGUAUCGACAACGAGGCGUUGUACGACAUCUGUUUCCGUACCCUAAAGCUUGCCAAUCCCACAUACGGUGAUCUCAACCAUCUCGUCUCUUUGUGUAUGUCCGGUGUCACCACCUGCCUGAGGUUCCCUGGCCAGCUGAACGCUGACCUCAGGAAACUUGCCGUCAACAUGGUACCCUUCCCCCGUCUCCACUUUUUCAUGCCCGGUUUCGCUCCUCUCACCUCUCGGGGCAGCCAGCAGUACCGGGCUCUCACCGUGCCCGAGCUGACCCAGCAGAUGUUCGACGCCAAGAACAUGAUGGCCGCGUGCGACCCGCGCCACGGACGCUACCUCACGGUGGCGGCCGUCUUCAGAGGACGCAUGUCCAUGAAGGAGGUCGAUGAGCAGAUGCUUAACAUCCAGAACAAGAACAGCAGCUACUUCGUGGAAUGGAUCCCGAACAACGUGAAGGUUGCUGUGUGUGACAUCCCACCCCGUGGUCUGAAGAUGUCUGCCACCUUCAUCGGUAACAGCACCGCCAUCCAGGAGCUGUUCAAGCGCAUCUCGGAGCAGUUCACGGCCAUGUUCCGGCGCAAGGCUUUCCUCCACUGGUACACCGGAGAAGGCAUGGACGAGAUGGAGUUCACUGAGGCGGAGAGCAACAUGAACGACCUGGUGUCCGAGUACCAGCAGUACCAGGAGGCCACCGCCGAUGACGAAGCUGAGUUCGACGAGGAGGAGGGCGAGGAGCUGGAGGCUUAAGCUCCCGCUCGCCUCCCCACUUCUCUCCAGCGUUCUGUCCACGUCACCCGCCGCCGGCAGUCGCACCUCUCCGCCGAUGCGUCGGUACCGGCGAGCGAGGCGCGGCAGCCGGCUCGACGCGCUCACCGGUUUGUU